CGCAGGCGCAUGCGCGGACAUGGCCCGCCGUGGGAGCGAUGUCAAUUUUGUGGCUGCCGACAGACAGUGGACAAAUGCAAUCUUAUUGGAGGCUGAUUCAGCAAAAAAAUGGGUAAACAGAUGGGGAUUUCUGAUAACUGAACGUGAUCAGAUUGAGGCUGAACAGGAGAAAUUGAGAAAUAAGUGUCGACUGCAUACCCCAGAUCACCUGAAGGUUCGACCUGCAUCUCCCAUCAGCAAGUACAUCCAGGUGGGAACAUCACCUCCUGUUCCAAAGACAACCCAAGGACUUGUUGGCUGGCGGUCUGCUGUACCAGGAUUGAAUCUGGAGCAAUACAAAGCCCCCAGACGAGGGAAGUGGAGCUUUCUAAGUCAGAUGAAAUGGCCAGAGGACUGUAUUGACUGAUUUUGUGAUUGUGAUUUCAUCCAUGCAUUAUCUGCUCAUUGAUGCCAAUGGUUUUAGCUGUAGCACAGUCACUACCCAAUAGAUUUGUUCUGUUAGGUUUUAAGAGAUUUUCACAGGACAUUUUUUUUAAAGUAUAAAAACACAAUAGCAAACCAUUUUUACACUCUAUUAUAUUUUGAUCCUUUUUUCCUUAUCUCAAAUACUUCUCUGCUUCAACCACUUUCCUCUUUCAGUUAAUCAAAGUGUUUGAAACUUAAAAAAUGGCUCUCCGUUCAAGGUUAGUGCCACUCAUGAACACAGUAAUCCUUGUUUGAGGGGGUUUGUUCUAAUGAUCUGAAUUAAUACCAAAGGUCAAAAGGGGACGUGGGCUACAGAGACCUUUCAUAAACCAAUGAAAGUUGUUCUUAAUUAUUCAACCCAGUUGACAAUCCUCCAGAAAGAAAAGAAAACUAUAUUUCUUCCAACUUUUCUUAUUUGACUCUGUACUUCAUGAUUACAAUAAAUUGUUUUCUGUGAUUGAAAUUA